UACCGGAAAUGCGACGGAAAAACGCGUCAUCCAUUCGGGUUUGAACCGCGAGCCGACUUCCACGCUGCUCGCGGCGCGUGGAACACCUCUUACGCCCCCCGACCGACAAAUUGAACAAAGAAAUCGAUUUAACCCCAUUUCCCCUCUUUUACUGUCCGGUCAUCUUCCAGAACUCAGCGAUCCGCCUCCGGGAGUCCUUCCGGCGGCGACUUUCUCCGCGGUUUUACUCUUUUGUGUCUCACGUGGAGCCCGAAGCCGCGACACCCGCCCUCAGCCGGGACUCCUGUUAGCAUUAGCCGAAGAGAAGAUGGCACAGACGGCCACUUUGGUGUUGGAGGACGGGACGAGGUUCAGCGGGCGUCUUUUUGGCGCCAACGUGUCGGUGUCUGGAGAAGUUGUGUUUCAGACCGGCAUGGUGGGCUACCCGGAGGCCCUCACCGACCCGUCCUACCGCUGCCAGCUGCUCACGCUCACCUACCCGCUGGUCGGUAACUAUGGCGUUCCGGCGGAUGAAGACGGAGAGUUCGGACUCAGCCGGUGGUUUGAGUCGUAUAAGAUCCAGGCAGCUGCUCUGAUCAUCGGAGAGCUGUCGGAGAACCCCAGCCACUGGAGCGCCAUCAAGUCUCUGGACGAGUGGCUGAAAGAGCACGGCGUUCCCGGACUGCAAGGGGUGGACACCCGCCGACUGACCAAGAAGAUCCGGGAGAGGGGCACCAUGCUGGGGAAGCUGGUUGUGGACGGCACGCCAGAAGACGACGUUCCCUUUGACAAUCCGGAUGAGAGGAACCUGGUGCAGGAGGUGUCCAUGAAGGAGCCGAAAGUUUUCAACCCUGAAGGGAGCUUACGGAUCACCGCGGUGGACUGCGGCAUCAAGUACAACCAGAUCCGCUGUCUGGCCCGCAGAGGAGCCCGGGUCACCGUCGUUCCCUGGGACCACCCGCUGGACGUGGACGACUUUGACGGCCUGUUCAUCAGUAACGGUCCCGGAGACCCGCAGUUCUGCCAGGACACCAUCAGCAACAUCCGGAAGGUGGUUGGUGCGGAUCGGCCCAAGCCGGUGUUUGGGAUCUGUCUGGGCCACCAGCUGCUGUCUCUGGUUAUCGGAGCAAAGACCUAUAAGAUGAAGUACGGUAACCGUGGUCACAACCAGCCGUGCGUCCACGCCGGAACGGGCCGCUGCUUCAUCACCAGCCAGAACCACGGCUUCGCCGUGGACCCGGACACCCUACCGGAGGACUGGGGGGUGCUGUUCACCAACGCCAACGACCACACCAACGAGGGCAUCGUGCACCAGACCAAACCCUUCUUCAGCGUUCAGUUCCACCCCGAACACUCGGCCGGACCCACAGACCUGGUCAGCCUGUUCGAUGUGUUUCUGCAGACCGUGAAGGACCACAAGGAGGGAAACGCCGGAAAAUCCGUGAAGCAGCGUCUGAUGGACCACCUCACAUACCCCGGUUCCCUAAACCCCAAGGAUGUGAUCCGACCCAAGAAGGUUCUGAUCCUGGGUUCUGGCGGCCUGUCCAUCGGUCAGGCGGGCGAGUUCGACUACUCUGGAUCUCAGGCCAUCAAAGCCCUGAAGGAGGAGAACAUCCAGACGGUUCUGAUCAACCCAAACAUCGCCACGGUGCAGACCUCUAAGGGUCUGGCCGACAAAGUCUACUUCCUCCCCAUCACGGCGGAGUACGUGACUCAGGUGAUCAAGAACGAGCGGCCCGACGGCGUCCUGCUCACCUUUGGGGGUCAGACGGCGCUCAACUGUGGCGUGGACCUGACCAGGCUGGGCGUGCUGGAGAAGUACCAGGUCCGGGUUCUGGGGACGCCCGUGGCCUCCAUCGAGAUGACGGAGGACAGGAAGGUCUUCGUGGAGAAGAUGGAGGAGAUCAACGAGCACGUGGCGCCCAGCGAGGCCGCUCUGUCCGUGGAGCAGGCCGUAGCGGCUGCUGAGCGUCUGGGCUACCCGGUUCUGGUCCGCUCGGCGUUUGCUCUGGGAGGUCUGGGUUCUGGUUUCGCCAACACCCGGGAGGAGCUGGUGUCUCUGGUGACGGCGGCCUUCGCCCACACCUCCCAAGUCCUGGUGGACAAGUCGCUGAAAGGCUGGAAGGAGAUCGAGUACGAGGUCGUCCGGGACGCCUACGACAACUGCGUGACCGUGUGUAACAUGGAGAACAUCGACCCACUGGGCAUCCACACCGGGGAGUCCAUCGUGGUGGCGCCCAGUCAGACGCUCAACGACCACGAGUACAACAUGCUGAGGAACACCGCCAUCAAGGUCAUCCGGCACCUCGGCAUUGUGGGAGAAUGCAACAUCCAGUACGCCCUGAACCCCGAAUCGGAUCAGUACUACAUCAUCGAGGUGAACGCGCGGCUGUCCCGCAGCUCCGCCUUGGCCAGUAAAGCCACCGGUUAUCCUUUGGCCUACGUAGCAGCAAAGCUGGGUCUGGGGAUCCCGCUGCCACAGCUCAAGAACUCUGUCACCAACUCCACCACGGCCAACUUUGAGCCCAGUCUGGACUACUGUGUGGUGAAGGUUCCUCGCUGGGACCUCAGCAAGUUCCUGCGGGUCUCCACCAAGAUCGGCAGCUCCAUGAAGAGUGUGGGGGAGGUGAUGGCCAUCGGCCGCUGCUUCGAGGAGGCCUUCCAGAAAGCUCUGAGGAUGGUGGAUGAGAACUGCGUGGGCUUCGAUCACACCAUCAAGCCGGUCUCUGCAAAGGAGCUGCAGACGCCCACAGACAAGCGCAUCUUCGUGCUGGCGGCGGCGUUCAAAGCGGGCUACACGGUGGAGCAGCUGUACCAGCUCACCAAGAUCGACCGCUGGUUCCUGCACAAGAUGAAGAACAUCUCCGACCACGAGCGACUGCUGGAGACCUACAACCAGGACGAGAGCACCAUGCCGCCGGCGGUGAUGCUCAAGGCCAAGCAGCUGGGCUUCUCCGACAAGCAGAUAGCGCAGGCCGUGCAGAGCACCGAGCUGGCGGUCAGGAAGAUGCGGCGCGACUGGUCCAUCCUUCCCGUGGUCAAGCAGAUCGACACGGUGGCGGCGGAGUGGCCCGCCCACACCAACUACCUGUACCUGACCUACCACGGCACGGACAACGACUUGAGCUUCCAGGAGCAGCACGUCAUGGUGAUCGGCUCGGGGGUGUACCGCAUCGGCAGCAGCGUGGAGUUCGACUGGUGCGCCGUCGGCUGCAUCACCAAGCUCCGCAAGAUGGGUUUCAAGACCAUCAUGGUCAACUACAACCCGGAGACGGUCAGCACGGACUACGACAUGUGUGACCGCCUCUAUUUCGACGAGAUCUCCUUUGAGGUGGUGAUGGACAUCUACGAGCGGGAGAACCCAGAGGGGGUCAUCCUGUCCAUGGGGGGGCAGCUGCCCAACAACAUCGCCAUGGCUCUUCACCGCCAGCAGUGUCGGAUCUUAGGAACGUCUCCGGAGUGCAUCGACGGCGCCGAGAACCGCUUCAAGUUCUCCAGGAUGCUGGACACCAUUGGCAUCAGCCAGCCGCAGUGGAAGGAGCUGUCCGACACCGAGUCGGCGGUGAAGUUCUGCGAGAUGGUCGGGUACCCCUGCCUGGUCCGACCCUCCUACGUCCUCAGCGGAGCGGCCAUGAACGUGGCGUAUGGCGACGGCGACCUGGAGAAAUACCUGACCAACGCUGUGGCCGUGUCCAAAGAACACCCCGUGGUCAUCUCCAAGUUCAUCCAGGAGGCCAAGGAGAUAGACGUCGACGCCAUCGCCUGUGACGGCGUGGUGGUGGCUAUCGCCAUUUCUGAGCACGUGGAGAACGCCGGCGUGCACUCGGGCGAUGCCACUCUGGUGACGCCGCCGCAGGACCUCAACCAGAAAACCAUCGAGAGGAUCAUGAUGAUCGUGCACGCCAUCGGGCAGGAGCUGCAGGUCACCGGACCCUUCAACCUGCAGCUGAUCGCCAAGGACGACCAGCUGAAGGUGAUCGAAUGCAACGUCAGAGUUUCCCGCUCUUUCCCGUUCGUGUCCAAGACGCUGGGGGUGGAUUUGGUUGACGUGGCGACGCAGGCCAUCAUGGGGGAGGAGGUGGAGCCGGUGGGCCUGAUGAGAGGAAAGGGGAUUGUGGGAGUGAAGGUUCCUCAGUUCUCCUUCUCCCGGCUGGCCAGAGCCGACGUGGUGCUCGGCGUGGAGAUGACCAGCACCGGGGAGGUGGCGUGUUUCGGGGAGAACCGCUACGAAGCUUACCUGAAGGCCAUGCUGUCCACCGGCUUCAAGAUCCCCAAGAAGAACAUCCUUCUGUCCAUCGGCAGCUAUAAGAACAAGAACGAGCUGCUGUCGACGGUGCAGACUCUGGAGGAGCUGGGCUACGACCUGUACGCCAGCCUGGGGACGGCGGACUUCUACACGGAACACGGAGUCAAGAUUACGGCGGUGGAUUGGCCGUUUGAGGAGGACGAGGUGGACGAGGGCCCCACCAGGGAGAAGCAGCGCAGCAUCAUGAACUACCUGGAGGAGAACCACUUCGACCUGGUCAUCAACCUGUCCAUGAGGAACAGCGGCGGCCGCCGGCUCUCCUCCUUCGUCACCAAAGGCUACCGGACCAGGCGCAUGGCGGUCGACUUCUCCGUUCCCCUCAUCAUCGACAUCAAAUGCACCAAGCUCUUCGUGCAGGCGCUGCGUCAGAUCGGACGUGCUCCUCCGGUGAAAACGCACAUCGACAGCGUGGCGUCACAGACGCUGGUCCGUCUGCCGGGUCUGAUCGACGUCCACGUUCACCUCCGUGAGCCGGGCGCCACCCACAAGGAGGACUUCUCCUCGGGCACGGCGGCCGCUCUGGCUGGAGGCGUGACCCUGGUGUGCGCCAUGCCCAACACCAACCCCGCCAUCGUCGAUGCGGCCACGCUGGCCACGGCGCAGAAGCUGGCCAAAGCGGGCUGCCGCUGUGACUACGCCCUGUAUGUGGGCGCCGCUUCAGACAACGCCGCCAUCCUGCCCGCCGUCUCCAGCCAGACGGCCGGCCUGAAGAUGUACCUGAACGACACCUACUCCACCCUGAAGAUGGACAACGUCUCCCUGUGGAUGGAGCACUUUGAGAAGUGGCCGAAGCAGAUGCCCAUCGUGGCGCACGCGGAGAAGCAGACGGUCGCCGCCAUCCUGAUGGUGGCGCAGCUCUACCAGCGGCCGGUGCACAUCUGCCACGUGGCACGGAAGGAGGAGAUCCUGCUGAUCCGAGCGGCGAAGCAGCGCGGCGUCCAGGUGACGUGCGAGGUGGCGCCGCACCACCUCUUCCUGUGCGAGGAUAACGUGUCGGCGAUGGGGGAGGGGCGGGCGCAGGUGCGCCCCAUGCUGGGGGCGCGCGAGGACAUGGAGGCGCUGUGGGAGAACCUGGACAUCAUCGACUGCUUCGCCACGGACCACGCGCCUCACUCUGUGGAGGAGAAGAGCGGCGAGCGCCCCCCUCCCGGAUACCCCGGCCUGGAGACCAUGCUGCCGCUGCUGCUGACCGCCGUCAGCGACGGCCGGCUGACGCUGGACGACAUCGUGCUCCGCCUCUACGACAAUCCACGCAAGAUUUUCAACCUGCCGGUCCAGGAGAACACCUACGUGGAGGUGGACCUGGAGCAGGAGUGGGUCAUCCCUCCGGCCAUGCAGUUCACCAAGUCCAAGUGGACGCCGUUCCAGGGCGUGAAGGUGAAGGGGAAGGUGCUGCGCGUGGUGCUGCGGGGGGAGGUGGCUUACAUCGACGGACAGGUUCUGGUUCCUCCGGGUUACGGUGAGGACGUGAAGACCUGGCCGUCCGCCGCCGUCCACCCAUCGGAGCCGCAGAAAGAACCGCCGCUGGAGCUGAAGACUCCGGAGCGCCUGCGCCACACCCCCCCACGAGAAGGCACGGUCCGGACCCGAGCGGCGAGCCCACGCCGCGCCGCAGCAGAACCGCGCUUCCUGCUGCAGCCGCGGAUCCACCGCUCCUCCGAUCCCGGCCUGGCUCCCGAAAUGGCGGCGCCGCCCGCCACUGCUGGAGACGGCUACAGCCACCCCCCUCCUCUGUCCCGGCUGCUCUCCCCGCAGUCCGUGCCCGGACACUCACCUGCAGCUCAGGUGUCCCACCUGCAGAUGUCUCCGCUGCUCCACCCCCUGGUGGGCCAGCACAUCCUGUCAGUCAGGCAGUUCAGCAAGGAGCAGAUCUCACACCUGUUCAACGUGGCUCACUCGUUUCGUCUGAUGGUCCAGAAGGAGAAGAGUCUGGAAAUCCUGAAGGGUAAGGUCAUGGCCUCCAUGUUCUACGAGGUCAGCACGCGCACCAGCAGCUCCUUCGCCGCGGCGAUGCAGCGGCUGGGCGGCUCCGUCCUCCACUUCAGCGAGUCCACGUCCUCCACGCAGAAGGGCGAGUCUCUGGCCGACUCGGUGCAGACCAUGAGCUGCUACGCCGACGUGCUGGUGCUGCGUCACCCGACGCCCGGAGCCGUGGAGGCUGCGUCUCGCCACUGCCGUAAGCCCGUGAUCAACGCCGGCGACGGCGUGGGCGAGCAUCCCACCCAGGCCCUGCUGGACGUCUUCACCAUCAGGGAGGAGCUGGGGACGGUCAACGGCAUGACGAUCACCAUGGUGGGGGACCUGAAACACGGACGCACCGUCCACUCUCUGGCCAAGCUGCUGACCCAGUACCGCAUCACUCUGCGCUACGUGGCGCCGAGGAACCUCCACAUGCCUGCAGAGAUCAUCGACUACGUCGCCUCCAGGGGCAUUAAUCAGGAGGAGUUCGACAGCAUCGAGGAGGCGCUGCCGGAGACGGACGUCCUCUACAUGACGAGGAUCCAGAAGGAGCGCUUCGGUUCUGAGGAGGAGUACACGGCCUGCUUCGGUCAGUUCAUCCUCACCCCCCACAUCAUGACGGCCGCCAAGAAGAAGAUGGUGGUCAUGCAUCCUCUGCCGCGAGUCAAUGAGAUCAGCGCGGAGGUGGACACGGACCCCCGGGCGGCGUACUUCCGGCAAGCGGAGAACGGCAUGUACAUCCGGAUGGCGCUGCUGGCCACCGUUCUGGGCAGAUGAAAGCUCCUCCCACAGAGGACGGAGAACCCGGGAGUUCUGUCUUUAAACCUCUGAACGAUCUUUACAUUCUGAUUAGGUUUUUGGGUCCAAAAGCUUCUGAAAACGCUGUAACACUAAACUGUUUUUCUCUAGAAGAUCACAAUCAUGUCAUUCAGCCUCUGGUAGAAACGGGAAGACCAUUGAAAGCAGAGAGCUGAAGCUGCUACAGCUUUACCACAGAGCGGAUAGAAAAAGGGAGAUGCUGUUAUUUUAGCACCAAAUGUUACUUCUGCACAUUAGUCUACCUCGUGUUGAGCCGUAUUUUCACCAGUUCUUCUACUGAUCAUCAUUAGCUGGAUAAAGCAGUAUUUUUGGAUGUUUUCCUGGUACUUUCAUUUCAUUUUUUUCUUUUUUUGUUACAGGUUAAUGGAUUUAAAAUGUCAUCUGAACUUUUAUUGUUUGAUUCUUUUGAGAAAUAAAGACAAUUUCACUUU